AUGAAGAGCCUGCAGUGCUUCAAGCAGAGCGGCGGCGGCGGCGGCGGCGGCGGCAAUGGUGGCCAGCCGGGGAAGCGGCUGGAGCGGCGGCUGUCGCUGGGCGAGUACAAGAAGGCAGUGUCGUGGUCCAAGUACCUCGUGGCGCCGCCGGGCGCCAGGAUCCGGGGCGGCGGCGAGGAGCUGUGGAGCGCCGACCUGUCCAAACUGGAGAUCCGGGGCAAGUUUGCGUCAGGCCGGCACAGCCGCGUCUACUCCGGCAGGUACGCCGGCCGCGAGGUGGCCAUCAAGAUGGUCAGCCAGCCCGAGGAGGACGCCGCGCUCGCCGCUGAGCUAGAGCGCCAGUUCGCCUCCGAGGUCGCGCUCCUCCUUCGCCUCCACCAUCCAAACAUCAUCUCGUUUGUUGCAGCAUGCAAGAAACCACCAGUAUUCUGCAUCAUCACCGAGUUCAUGGCUGGGGGUUCCCUUAGGAAAUAUCUACAUCAGCAGGAACCUCAUUCAGUUCCCCUCAAACUAGUGCUGAAAUUAGCUUUAGAUAUCGCUCGCGGAAUGAGUUACCUACACUCCCAGGGUAUACUUCAUAGAGACCUGAAAUCAGAGAACAUACUUCUGGGAGAAGAUAUGUCAGUCAAAGUGGCAGAUUUCGGGAUUUCAUGCUUGGAAUCACAGUGUGGAAGUGGCAAGGGGUUUACAGGAACCUACAGGUGGAUGGCUCCAGAAAUGAUCAAAGAGAAACAUCAUACUAGGAAAGUGGAUGUGUACAGCUUUGGAAUCGUCAUGUGGGAGAUUUUGACCGCUUUGGUUCCGUUCAGCGACAUGACUCCAGAGCAGGCUGCUAUCGCUGUUGCCCUGAAGAAUGCAAGGCCGCCACUGCCCGCUUCAUGCCCUGUGGCAAUAAGUCACCUGAUCAUGCAGUGCUGGGCGACCAACCCUGACAAAAGACCUCAGUUUGACGACAUUGUGGCGAUCCUCGAGAGCUACAAAGAAGCCCUCGGUGAGGAUCCAUCAUUCUUCUUGUCAUAUAUACCACCUCCGCACCACAGCCACCACCACCAUCAUCAUCAGAGCCUUCUCCGGUGCUUCCCUCGCUCCAUGCGAAGGUCUGCAUCACUGAAAGUAUGA